GGGGACACUGCCACACUUGCUGAUUUCAGUGCUGCCAGGCCCCUGUGCAGAUUCUGUGCAAGGCCCCGUGCCCUUCCUGCUGCGGCUGCGUCGGCAGCCCUGGGGGCUCCUUCUGCUGCCCUGAGCCUGCAGAGCAGGGCAGCAUUUGCUGAUGGUUUGAGGCAUUCCUAAAGAUCCUGUUGGGCUGUCUAAGACACUUUGGGCAAGGGAUUCCUUCCAACCUGGGCCACUUUGGGGGGGAUGGGGGCAGCCCAAGGGCAGGUGGCAGUGUGUGCAAGGGCCCUUUGUGACACAUGGUCACCAUGGGAUGGAAAUGGACAGGGUGUCAGAGGGCCCUUUGUGACAUGUGGUGACAUAGGAGCUGGCGGUGACAGGGCCAUGCCACAGUGCCCAGUGCACGCGACGGGACAGGACGCGGCAGAGCGGUGCUGUGAGGAGCCCCCGCACAGCGCACUCGUUUGUGUCGGACCCGGAGCUUUUCCAAGUCUUUACUUGUACAGGUGACCUCGUGGCAAGACUGCGGGCCUUGGUGGCCCGUGGCUUUCCCGAGGCUUUUCUUUUGCAGGUGCCUGCGGGGCAAGACUGCGGGACUUGUUGACCCGUGGUUUUCCCAAGGCAUCUCCUACCCCUGUGGCCUGUGCCAUCCAGGCCAGUUUGUGGUAUUUGGUCAUCUGUAUCAUUUAAGAGGAGUCUCCAGUCAUUGUGGCAGGAGCCCUCGAGACCAGACUGCAGGACUUGCUGUCCUGUAGCCUUUCUGAGCCUUCUCUGUCGCAGGUGCCUUCCAGGCACAACAGCACAACUUGGUGACUCAGAGAUUUCCCAAGGCAUCUCUCUAGAAGGUGCCCUCAAGGCCAGAUUGUGUCAUGGCAGGCAGAUUCCUCAGGCUGUUCAAUGUGUUCAGGGGGAACAGAAACACAGACCCUGGAGCUGCACAACCUCCUGAAGAGCAGGAGCAGUUCCAGCCACUGCAGGAUGAUGCAGCCAUGGACCAGACACAAGAGCAGGAGCCUGCCCGUGGCCGCUUCCACAGAGCAGCGCAGAGGUUCCGCAAAUUCCUGCGCAUUCGGCACAGAAGGAACACCACAGCAGCAACUGAGGACACAGCUGAGCCUGACUGCAGGCUGACCGAGCUCCAGGCAGAGCCUGAUGUCAGCCCGGAUUCAGCUGAGCACUCACAAGAGUCUGAUGCUGCAGUGAAUGAUGAGAGGGAAAACUCUGACAAGGCAGUGACUGAGGAUGUGGCUAUUCCAAAUGAUGAUGCUGGAGAGACUCAGGGCAUUGCAGAUGCUGGCAUCACACCCACUCCUGCUCUGAGUCAGGAGCUCAUAAGGGACAAUUUCAAGGACAACUGUUUUUCUUCUGAGCAGCAGGUGCCAGCUACUGUGAGGAACAUUUACCAGAGUCUGGUGUCCUGUGUCACUGUGGAUGUCAGGCAGCAAAUUGACAUUAUAAGGCUGGCUGAAGAACACCCUGCUGAUGUGGUGCUGACCCUCCUGCACUGUGCCCCAUCGUGUGACAGAGCUGCUGAAAUGAUGUGGAGAGCCAUAGGCUCGUCGGGACCAACAGUAGAGAAAGUGCUGCCAACAUUGCUCUGUGUGAUGGAGGAUUGGCCUCUGCACAGCAUCUGCACCUCUGAUGGAGACAACAAGGAUGUUUUUGCUCUGGCUGUGAGUUCCUGGAGCUGGCAUUUGAUCACCCAGACGUUGCUUCUCCAGCAGCUCUCCAUCCUCUCCCUGCAUCAGUUCCUGAGCUGAAACCUGGGCUAGGGG